GAUUUCUCCUCUCCCAGGACGCUCCAAACUGCAUCUGGGAUUUUUGGAGGAGGGAAUUUCACUGAUACCACUGAUCAACUAGCAGCUCCUCUGAUGGUAGACAACGUUGGACGGUGUCCACGACCAGCCAUCUCCAGUGCAAACUCCCCUCCUUUCGUAGCACUGGAGCUUUGCAGGGAGAAAUUGGGUACCAUGCCAUGCGAUCAGUUUCCAGGGAUUGACUUUUCGAACAGCGAACAGGACCAGGACGAGCUGUGGAAGCCUGACAGAAGAGAACUAGAAGAGGAGCUCGACAAAAGGGCGAGAGCUUUUCUAGAAUGGCUAUGGAGUCGUGGAGAGGAGGAGAUUGCCGUCGUCUCCCACGCAGGCUUUCUGACCAAUCUUGUGACAAAGUUUGGCGAUGAAGCUGUGAACAAGACAGUGUUUGCGAACUGUGAGCUUCGUAGCGUGAGAUUGAGGAGUCAUCGUAGUUUUGUUCUCGAGACCUUAGAUCUUGGCGUUGUUUUGCUCAGGAAAAUAGUCACUGGCUCGGACUAUGCAUUUGAGUUGACCGCAGCGUGAAUCCAUCCAAAGUAUGGAUUCUACAAGAAAAUCUUCUUUUCCUAACUUUAUAUUGAGAAGCUAUGUUUAGCUAGGGAAAAGUUAA